CUUCUUGCACCAUUGCGAACCCCAACCAGCUCCGUCUUCUUAAUUCAUUCUCUUAAUUUAUCACUUGCUGUAUUCCCGGGACAACGCCUCCUCUGAAAGAUCAUAAAGAAUUGGAGCAGUGGUCGUCCCAACGCCACGAUGAACAGAGCCCUACUACGAACGCCCUGGUUCCGACCAGGGAUCUUCAGCGCACCACAGUCAGCGAGCGCCGCAGCAGCAUCAGCAACAGUCAUCACGCGCUUCACACCGCUCCACGCUCACACCAGCACCCGCCCUCUCACCUCCACGCGCACCCGUCACUCUGAGGCUGAACCCCCGUCCGCCACCUCGACGCCACCGCCCGAAAUCGCCUUCCCCAACGACGGCGCCGAACCGGCGACGGACCCCGAAUCAAAUACCCUCAACACCACCACCCACAUCCCAUGGUACCUCCAAGACGAACCCGAGGCCACGACAACGCGACGGACAGCAUCCCGCGACCAGCUCCCAACCCUGCCGGAGAAUCCACCGGCGCUCCUAGCGCCGCUGGUGGAGUACACGUUCCAAGAUCUGGGUUUGGACGGGCUGAAGCUGCUGGACCUGCGCGGGCUGGACACGCCGCCGGCGCUGGGCGCGGACGUGAUCAUGCUGAUCGGCACGGCGCGCAGCGUCAAGCACCUGAACGUGUCGGCGGACCGGCUGUGCCGCUGGCUGCGGAGCACGUACAAGCUCUCGCCGUUCGCGGACGGGCUGCUGGGCCGCAACGAGCUGAAGAUCAAGCUCCGGCGUAAGGCGAAGCGCGCGCGUCUGGCUAGUAAGUCUGGUACGUUGUUUGACGACAAGGACGAUGGGAUCACUACGGGGUGGAUCUGCGUGAAUGCUGGGAUUGUGGAGAAGGCACCGGAGCGCACGGAGAUCGAGGCUGAGGAGGAGGAUGCGUUCGAAGGCUUUGGGAGUGUCGGGCUGGGGACUAGGGUUGUUGUGCAGAUCUUUACGGAGGAGAAGAGGGCGGAGGUCGAUCUGGAGGGUCUAUGGCAGAAGAAUUUGGAUCGCAUUGAAAGGCAGCGCCAGCGAGAGAUGGCGCGCGAAAACGGUGAGGAGUAUCUGUAAUUUGGUGACCGUCUUGGGUUGAAGUGGGCUUGAGGCGGCUAUUUUGUAAUGAUUAACUAUACAUUCUGGGG